GAUCUUGGUGCUGUAGCUACAGCAGGCCAGGCAGUGUGAGGUUAGGUGCUCAACAGCGCCACUGCUCGCCCGUUGUGGCCGAAGUGAUGAACUGCAGGCCACGAAGAGGAGGAGACUGAGUUUGCGCGGCGCUGCUGCUGCUGCUGCUUCUGCUCCUGUACGAACUUUCUGGACGCAAACGCGGAAACAUUCGCUGGGAAAAUCCGGUAUUUUUAAGGAAGUGAGCAAGGAGUAGAGGGCCUGAGAGACUCGGAAGCCAGAUCAGAAUGUCGGCGGCGUCUUCGCUGCAGCUCGGCCAGGACGGUGCGGUGCGCUACAAGAAGCGCAAAGCCAAUUUCACUUUCAGCGAAGUGCACAUCCUGUUGGAUGAAGUGCGCAAAAACCGCCACAUCGUUGUGGGUAAGUUCAAUUCUGGCAUUCCCAGUGAUGUGAAGAGGAGGAAGUGGACGGAGAUCACACAGCGCAUUAACGAGAUUGGCGAGUGCGACCGCGAAGUCGGUGAGGUCAUUAAGAAGUGGUCCGACCUCAAAUGCGACACCAAGCGUAAAAUCGCAGCACUGCACUCGGGCGUGGCCCUGCCCCACUCAUCAGACCUCACGCAGACCGAAAACAUCGUGGGCUCCAUUCUGGAGCUGGACAAGAAGCCGUGGGAGGCGGCGCGCUCGUCGCGGGGACGCAGCAGGAGCGAGGAUCAGGACACGACCAUAGCAGACGAGGACGAUGACAUCGCCUUCAUGGGGCCGGGAUCGGUUCAGGAUUCUCCCAGAUCGGGAAUCGAGACGAGGCCAAUGCCGCCACCUGCUGCGGGAGUGGGGGGGUCCGAGAUGAAAUUUGACCCCUCGAUUACCACAGACGCAGACUCUCGCGGGAUGGACUCGGACGACGACCACCACGACAUGUUCCCCUCGUCUCUGAAUAACUCGUACACGGAAGACGACGGAAAUCUCAGCAGCGCCGCACACGUCUCCUCCUCGUCCGCCGGUCACGCUCAGGCGGGGGCGGAGUCAGAGAGCGCACGCGAGCAGUUAGCGCAAAGCGCUAGCCUUAGUGUGCAGGAGCAGCAUGUGACGAACGCGCUGCUGGGCACGGUGUCGCGCUCGCUCGAGCUCCUGGCCGAGUCGGUGCAGCAGCUGGCGGAGACGCAGCAGGAGUUUGUGCGCGAGUCGCUGCGGCUGCAGAGGGAGACGGUGCAGGUGCUGCGAGAGUUCGCCUCCGGGGCGCUGACGCUUCUGCACGAAAGGGUCAACGGCAAACCGCCGCUCAUUUAGACUCCAGCGAAGUUUGAACAGCGUCACUGCCAAAAACUUUACCGCAGCACCAGGACUGCGCUCAUGCAAAUCACACUAACUUUUAAUCACUAUAUCGUAAAUCCAAGAGGAGAUUCUGUUCAGUCUUACGUGUUAUUCUUGCGUGGUGAGCAGAAUUAUGGAAUUGCCUUUAAAAAAAACUAAACAAAACAGUGUCCUUUCGAACGAGCACAAACGCUAAUUAGGCAGCCUGCUUCUGGAAACACGGCAGCGUUAAUGAUGAAGUUUUGAAGCGUUCAUGAUGAUAAUGUGGACAAUGCGCGUUAAAUAUCGUGAAAUAUCAGCACAGCUCUAGCAGGGAGGAAACACCGCAGUCUCCAUGUCCUGAGAUUGAUCUCAGAUAUUACUUAUACGACUCUAAAGCUGCCUUUUUACAUCACUGAGUCGGGUGAAAAUAUUCCACAGGCUGUUGCGAGUCGAGUUUUGUGUGUGACGGUGUUUUAAACAUCCAUAGCAACAGUGGUGUUAUUGACUUUAUUAUUAUUAUUAUUAUUAUUUUUAAAAAGCUUGUUUUCUUUAUUUUUAAAUACUCGUACGCCAGGUGUCACUUUUAUGACUUUUACGCCUAUUCAAAAAGGACAUCUUUUUAAGUGCUGAAAGCUCGACUGAGGUAACAGAUGAUAGCUAUGGUUGCUAAGCAGUGAUGGGCGGGGCUUAGAAUCCGUUGUGAUUGUCCGAUGAUAACAAUACACUCCGUUUCGUUCAUGCAUUUUUCACACUCAAGGAAACAAAAAAGAUUCAAAUUCUUGCAUUCCCGUUAGUUUACGAUAUUAUCACCACACCACACACUGCUAAAACACAGUUCCUCAGUCUGAGCUGCCAUGUUUUUAUACUUUUUUCUUCUGUUGUUGUUGUAAAUCUCAUCUGGUGAGCGUAAUUAUAGGCUUGGUUUCAUGCCCUCGUCCUGCCUGCAGAGUUUGUGAGGUACUUAGGGAAAUGCAGCGAGGAAAAGACUGACGCCAUUCUGAAAGGUCCACGAUGAAAAUUUUGUGUGUUCAUGUUCACACUAUACUCAUAAAAUCAUAAAUAUCAUUGUCUGUAACAGUGAAGACAUUUAUAUUAUGGGAAUUGUUAUCCUUUUUUUUUAACCUGUAAAAAAUUGCCUCCACUGAAAAGUUCUUCCGUCAAAAAAAAAGAGGAAAAGAAAAGGUAUUAUUCUUCUGGAUGCCAUACAUCAUGUAAAUGUGUCUAAAGGAAGUGAAAUAAAGGCUCUGCUGCUCUUUUGGGAAAAUGGUUUGGAGAAAAAUCCGCGUUUCUAAUGACCUUUAUGUAACAUGGAACAUUCUGGAUUGAUCAGGAGCAGAAAACAAAAUGGCGGCCGCGUUCAUCUUUAGCUUUGUGCACUGACCUUGUGCUAACUGUUGACUUACAGCUUAUGUUUAUAUAUAUAUAUAUAUAUUUUUUUUUACCACAGCACUGUUGGAUUCUGGAUUCUGGUUGCCCUGAAGGUGUUGGUUAGUUUUCUGUAACAGCAGCUCUGACGUUAGUUCAGCUGCAAAUCACAGUUUUAUAUUAAUGUGCUCGGUUUUAUACGUUAUCGUUUCUAUAGUAACAGUUGGACAGUGAGAGGAAACGCGACCUAAGACGCAUGCGUCCACCAGAGGGCAGCAGAGCGCAGAUGAGCGCUACAUAAAACCAGUGGACGGCCACUCUCUCUCUCUCUCUCUCUCUCUCUCUCUCUCUCUCUCUCUCUCUCUCUCUCUCUCUCUCUCUCUCUCUCUCCUAAUUUGCUUGGUGUGCUAUCUGUGAAUGUGCUGUUACUAUAGAAACGGUAAUGAUUUAGAUUGGGCUCAUUAAUAUAAAGCUGUUUAUUAUGUUGUAGUGGUAACGCAUUCAUAUUAACAGCAUCCAGGGAAUUGGUGUAUAUUAAUUUCGUGGCGUAUAUUAAUCUAAUCACACAAUCUCUGUCACAAUCAAGAAAAAUGCUUUGAGUGUUGUAUGUCAUGGAGCACACCACAGGUAAAACACCUUCCCACA